CCUUCCUGUUUCCGCCCUUCCAUGGCAAUGGAGGUGGCUCUUGCUGUUUACUCCCUGGCGCUUCUUUCCUUCUACUUCCCUUGCAGGCCUGUAAGUGGCGUCCUCUCUCCCAAGGGUGUAAACUAUGAAGUGCAAGCUCUCAUGAUGAUCAAGGAUUAUCUCAAGGAUCCACAUGGUGUGCUCAAGAACUGGGACCAAGAUUCGGUUGAUCCUUGCAGCUGGACUAUGGUUACUUGCUCACCUGAUAACCUUGUCACUGGCCUGGAAGCUCCAAGCCAGAAUCUUUCAGGCCUGCUCUCCCCAAGCAUAGGAAAUUUGACCAAUCUUGAGAUAGUUCUUUUGCAGAACAACAACAUCAAUGGUCCAAUUCCAGAAGAUAUCGGCAGGCUAACAAAGCUCAAAACACUUGAUCUCUCAAGCAACCACUUCUCUGGUGGAAUACCAAACACUGUAGGUCACCUUGAAAGCCUCCAGUACUUGAGGCUCAACAACAACACCCUGUCUGGUGCAUACCCUUCAUCAUCAGCUAAUUUAUCACAGCUUGUUUUCCUGGAUCUUUCCUAUAAUAAUCUGAGUGGUCCAAUACCUGGUUCUUUGGCAAGAACGUUCAAUAUAGUAGGAAAUCCGUUGAUCUGUGCUGCGGCUACAGAACAUGAUUGUUAUGGAACUUUACCAAUGCCGAUGUCCUACAGCCUGAAUAAUACACAGGGUACCCUGAUGCCAGCAAAAUCUAAAAGCCACAAGGUUGCAAUUGCAUUUGGUUCUACAAUUGGCUGCAUCAGCUUCCUUAUCCCUGUUAUGGGAUUGCUGUUCUGGUGGAGGCAUAGGCGAAAUCAGCAGAUUCUUUUUGCUAUUGAUGAGCAACACACAGAGAAUGUCAACCUAGGAAAUGUGAAGAGGUUUCAGUUCAGAGAGCUUCAGGUUGCAACAGAGAACUUCAGCAACAAGAACAUCUUAGGAAAAGGUGGCUUUGGAAACGUUUACCGAGGAAAGCUCCCAGAUGGAACUGUGGUAGCUGUAAAGAGGCUGAAAGACGGUAAUGCUGCAGGCGGGCAGGCACAGUUCCAGACUGAAGUUGAGAUGAUCAGCUUGGCGCUGCACAGGAACCUCCUCAGACUUUAUGGAUUCUGCAUGACUGCUACUGAGAGGCUUCUGGUAUAUCCAUACAUGUCAAAUGGGAGUGUUGCAUUGCGUCUGAAAGGGAAGCCACCACUGGACUGGAUCACUAGAAAGAGGAUAGCACUCGGUGCAGCAAGAGGACUACUGUACCUGCAUGAGCAGUGUGACCCCAAGAUAAUUCAUAGGGAUGUAAAGGCAGCCAACAUAUUGCUCGAUGACUACUGUGAAGCUAUUGUCGGAGAUUUUGGGCUUGCCAAGCUCCUGGAUCACCGCGACUCACAUGUCACCACAGCCGUUAGGGGCACCGUUGGGCACAUUGCCCCGGAAUACCUCUCCACCGGCCAGUCAUCUGAGAAAACCGACGUCUUUGGUUUUGGAAUCCUACUGCUUGAGUUGAUCACAGGUCAAACUGCACUUGAGUUCGGAAAGUCAUCAAAUCAGAAGGGAGCCAUGCUGGACUGGGUGAAGAAGAUGCACCAGGAGAAGAAGCUUGAUGUGCUUGUCGACAAGGGCCUGAGAAGCAACUACGACCGCGUCGAACUGGAGGAGAUGGUGCAGGUGGCACUGCUGUGCACCCAAUAUCUCCCUGGUCACAGGCCUCGGAUGUCAGAGGUGGUCAGGAUGCUGGAAGGCGAUGGGCUGGCAGAGCGGUGGGAGGCAUCCCAGCGCGCUGACUCACACAAGUUCAAAGUGCCUGAGUUCACCUUCGGUCGCUGCUACUCUGACCUGACGGACGACUCGUCAUUGCUGGUGCAGGCAGUCGAGCUCUCUGGGCCGAGAUGACACAAUGACAAACGG